CUUUAUAAAGCUGUCAAUUAUGCAAAACAGUCUAUCACACGGUCCCCAGCAGUUACAGGAGAGACUGGUAUAUCGACAGAAACAUGUCGUUGGCUAUAGAAGAAGUUUCGGGAUAUCCCAUCAGCAUGUCGCGGCUGUUGUUUUACUCCCUGGUGUUCCUGGUCACGGGACUCUGGGUCUUGCACCGCAGACGUCAGCAGACCAGACUUGUCAAAUUGGGGAACAAAAUACCUGGACCUACUGCAUAUCCAUUAUUUGGGAAUGCGCUCCUGGCGCUCGGGAAAACACCAGCAGAGAUAAUGGAGCUCAGUCUAGAAUUUGCGAAGCGUUACACGAGCGUGGUUCGAGUCUGGCUGGGGACUAGCCUGUACGUCUUUCUGACGGACCCUGAUGAUGCCGAGCUGAUCCUCAACAGCCAGGUCCACAUCAACAAGUCUGAUGACUACAGCUUCUUCAAACCUUGGCUUGGGGAAGGCUUGCUGAUUAGUUCAGGUGACAAAUGGAGAUCGCACCGAAAAAUGAUUGCCCCUACCUUCCAUAUAAACAUUUUGAAAUCUUUCGUCGGAGUUUUCAAUCAGAACAGUAAGAAUGUUGUUGACAAAAUGAAGCCCGAAAUCGGAAAAACUUUUGAUGUCCACGACUACAUGAGUGGUGUUACUGUUGAUAUUCUUCUUGAGACAGCAAUGGGAAUUACAAGAAAAACACAAGACGAAUCAGGGUUUGACUACGCUAUGGCUGUUAUGAAAAUGUGCGAUAUCAUACAUCAAAGACAUUACAAGUUCUGGAUGAGACUUGAAGCUAUGUUCAAAUUCACUGCAUCCUUCAAGAAACAACACAAACUUCUUAAAAUUAUUCACGGCCUUACAAAUAAGGUCAUCAAAGAAAAGAAGAAAACCUAUAUAGAGAACAAAGCAAAAGGCAUCAUUCCACCCACAUUAGAAGAGCUGACACGCUCACCUGAUGAUAGCACAGACCCUCUUGACACCAAAACUCUUGCUGACAGCGUCUUCAAAGGAUUAAAGGAUGAUCUUGACUUUAAUGAUGAAAAUGACGUUGGUGAGAAGAAACGACUAGCUUUCUUAGAUCUGAUGAUUGAAUCCGCUCAAAAUGGAACCAACAACAUCACUGAUCUUGAAAUCAAGGAAGAAGUGGACACUAUCAUGUUUGAAGGUCAUGACACAACAGCAGCAGGGUCGAGUUUUGUCCUAUGCCUCUUGGGCAUCCACCAAAACAUUCAAGCCAGGGUCUACGAUGAGCUCUUCGAAAUCUUUGGUGACUCUGACAGGCCAGCCACCUUUGAAGAUACGCUUCGCAUGAAGUACUUGGAGAGGGUUAUUCUAGAGUCAUUGAGGAUGUACCCACCAGUGCCCAUCAUAGCCAGGAAAUUGACACAAGACGUGCAGAUUCAAACCAACAAUUUCGUCCUACCCGCCGGUUGCACUGUAGUCGUUGGCACUUACAAGAUCCACCGCAGCCCUAAAUUCUACAACAACCCUGAAGUGUUCAACCCUGACAACUUCUUGCCUGAGAACUGCCAGAACCGACACUACUACAGUUUCAUACCCUUUAGUGCCGGCCCUAGAAGUUGUGUUGGACGCAAAUACGCCAUGUUGAAACUGAAGAUUUUGAUCUCAACCGUUCUGCGGAACUACAAGACCAUAUCCGACGUGCCUGAAAACAAGUUCACCCUUCAAAGCGACAUCAUUUUGAAAAGGACUGACGGGUUUAGACUCCGGAUAGAGCCAAGGAAACGCGUCCCACGCUUCACAGGGGCAUAAGUCUAAACAAGAUUUUUCCCAAA